UCGCGCGGCUGCCACUUAAUAAUCUUGGAUAGGAGAACGAACAUUUUUUGCUAAUCCCUAGGAAGAUAUUACGUGCCGCGGACGAGAUGGCGAGGGGCAACCUGGUCCUCAUCUGCGCCUCUUUGAUCGUCACGCAGCUCAUUGCCGUCUCCAGCGAGGAAAUAGAUUAUACUACUAUCCAUGAUGAGCUGAGGAAAUUAGCCGGAAAUUUACGGAAAAAAUGUCUCGGUGAAAACAACAGCAUAACCGACGAAAUACUAGGUGCGGCGGAACAGGGCGACUUCGAGAACAAAGGUUUAGCGUGUUACUUCAAGUGCGUGAUGGAGAAAGGAGGAGUGAUGAAAAAAGACGGCAAGAUCAAUUAUAAGCUCUUGACCAAGAUGUUACCGCCGGCUUACAAACAGAUUGGAUUAGGAAUGAUCGACGAGUGUCGCGAGAUAGAAGGGAGCGACAAGUGCGAAAUAGCUUUUAACUUCAACCUAUGCAUGUACAAUGCGAAUCCUGUGGCGUACUUCGUCAUCUGAACGCUAGCAAUGUGUACGGCAUCGGUAAGAGCUCAGAAUGUCAUCUAUAAAUCUGUUCUGAGAAAAUAAAGAUCUUGACGAUCGUCUCAUAUAUCCCCAUA